CAAAGCCCAAAUCAAUAAACAAGCAGCAAUCCAUCUCAAACGAGCCUAGCAGGCAGUAGUCUUGCACCUCUAGAACGAAGCCCAAACAGAGCUCCAGUUCUCUUCUUCUUCUUCUUCUUCUUCAGACAGAGCCAAGAAAUACACAAGUAAGAAUUUGAGCAUCACCUCUGCUCUCAUUUCAAGUGGAUUUAUUUCAUUUUAGCUGAGCUGAUACAUCUGGUCUGUCAUUUCUAUUUUCCCCUGAAACAUGAAUCCAUCAAAACCUCUAACAAACCGAAACCAAACUUGUCUUGUAAUAAACCAAGUCCUCUCCAUAAUGAUACAAAACCGCCCAUUCGACACCAAACUCGCAUCAUCAACAACAAACCCAAAUUUACUAACCAUCGAUUCAGUCUCUGAUAUUCUCCGAUCAAUACCCAGAUUCUUCUUUCUUUCUCCACGUUCCAUUGGCCGCCAAAACACAGCCCGCCAUCGCUCUCCAUUAAAACAACGUAACCUCAAAGAAGAAACCCAUAAAUCCCGCCACAAUGUUCUCAUUCUUGGCCCAGCUGCUUAUAGAGACCCCAAAAGGGUCGCUUUAGGUGUUAACAAAGCAGUUGAGUUCUUUUAUUGGCUUGAAAAUCACUUUAGUUUCAAACACACCGAGAUUACAUGUAGAGAGAUGGCCGUUGUGUUGGCAAGAGGGAGUAAAUUGGAUGAAUUAUGGCACUUUCUCAAAGAAAUGGCUCAAAGAGAGCAUGGGAAUUGUUUAGGCCUUGUUAGUGUCAGUACCGUUACCUGUUUGAUAAAAGUCCUAGGAGAGGAAGGUUUGGUUCAUCAAGCAUUGGCGUUGUUUUAUAGAUUGAAGCAAUAUCAUUUAAAACCGGAUGUUUAUGCGUAUAAUACCCUUAUUUAUGCGCUUUGUCGAGUUGGGAAUUUUAAAAGGGCAAGAUUUUUGUUGGAACAAAUGGAGUUACCGGGAUUUAGAUGCCCGCCAGAUAUUUAUACUUAUACUAUAUUGAUUAGUUCUUGUUGUAGGUAUGGUUUGCAAACUGGGUGUAGAAAGGCGAUACGGCGGAGGAUAUGGGAGGCUAAUCGUUUGUUUAGGAUCAUGUUGUUCAAAGGUUUUGUUCCUGAUGUUGUUACCUAUAAUUGCUUGAUAAAUGGAUGUUGUAAGACAAAUAGGAUUGAGAGGGCUCUUGAGCUUUUUGAGGAUAUGAAUAAAAGGGGUUGUGUGCCGAACCGAGUUACUUAUAAUUCUUUCAUCAGGUAUUUUAGCAUGGUGAAUGAGAUUGAUAAGGCUGUUGAGAUGUUAAGGAGGAUGCAGAAGAUGAAUCAUGGUUCGGCAACUACGAGUUCAUAUACUCCAAUUAUUCAUGCUUUGUGUGAAGCAGGAAGGGUGCUAGAGGGUCGAGAUUUUCUUGUUGAGUUGGUUGAUGGGGGUUUGAUACCGAGAGAGUAUACAUAUAGGUUGGUUUGUGAUGCAUUGAAGUCAGUGAGAGAGGGCAGUUCACUAGGUGGGGAAUUUGAUAAGAGAAUUAAAGAUGGUAUAGAGGAUAGAUAUAGAAAAGUGAAGAAAGUGAAACCAAUAAUGGCAUGUAAGAUGAUGUUGUAGCAUGUGGGAGUUCCUACUUUGCAGACACUGGCUACAUGCUAUGUUUCAUGGAUUUCCUUACCAUUUCCUGGUGUAUCAUCUGUGUCUGGGAGAUUUUCUGUUAUUUAAGGUCUCUGGUACUCGUAUUCUUAUCUGCAUAAAACCACUGGAUGCUAGUACUUCAAGAUGAAUUAAAGGGCCUGGCACACAGGGCAGCAUAGGCUACGUUAGACAACUUCAUGCAACAAGCAGAAUGGGAAGGAUACCUUUGUCACACUGCUGGUUUGCACUAACUAUGGACUUCCACAAUAGAGCUGAACCAUUAUCCACCAAUACAGGUUCAUUAUCCUAUUUGCACUAACUAUGGACUUCCACAAUAGAGCUUAACCAUUAUCCACUAAUACAGGUUCAUUAUCCUAUCUUUCUCAAAACAAUUACAGUGAAGCUGACAAUGCAAUCAUUAUGUUGCUCUCUUUAGAGUUCAUGUUUCUCUGAUGCGGGUUGCAUCGUGAACUGAAAAUAUAUACUACAACAGGCUAACUCUCUGUUUUUGGACCAGCACAGCUUUAAGCGUGAAUCUUUUCCCAUUUGUUGGACCUCAAAACCGAAUCAGAAAGGUUCUGGAAUGCAUGGCUACUUCGCACUGUUUUUUCAAACGUAGCAAAUUGAAGAAGUAAUAUUUUACUCAAAGAGUAGUUAAGAAAAGCAAUUUCCUCUGCCAUUAUAUGUGCUUUACGAUUUUCUAUUUGUGUUCAAUAUACAAUCAUUUGUACCUUUAUACCCUUA